AUGAGUGUCGAGAAGCAGACCAUCAAGCAGGGCGACGGCGCCACUUACCCCAAGAAGGGCGACAACGUCACCAUGGAGUACACUGGCUGGCUUGGCGAGGGAGCCGAUAACAAGACCAAGGGCAAGCAGUUCGACUCCUCGGUUGGCCGUGGUGACUUUGACGUCCCCAUUGGUACUGGCAGAGUCAUCCAGGGCUGGGACCAGGGCAUCUGCAACGGCGACAAGGGCAUGUCCCUUGGCGAGAAGGCCACCCUUUACAUCACCAGCGACUUCGGCUACGGCGACCGUGGCUUCCCAAAUGCCAUCCCUCCCAAGUCUGCCCUCAUCUUCGAUGUUGAGCUCAAGGCCAUCAACGGCAAGAGAGCUUAA